UACCGCUUCCUUUUCUUUCUCGCGUUACAACGCGACGCAUAACUCGUCGAUGAAAAACUUGAGACAUUCACAAGCUAUCGCGAGCAUGACAAUUGUAUCGUGUGACCAAACAUGCAUUGGAUGCACCGAUGGUAGGGAUUUCUGUCCGGUAUAAAUGAAGUAUUCCCAUUCGAUUGUUCGUCUGUUUCGCACGACUCAACCAAGCUUGUAUCGAUUUCGGCCAACGAAACAUCGUGGAACCGCAAUGGAUCGUUUCCUGCUCUUCGUUCUGUUAUUCAUCGUUUUACGGUUUACAAUGCAAGAAGUCGUUGAAGAGGGAGGUUGCAAAUGCGCCGUGUUUUCCAGGCAAAUAUCAAAACCAAUCAUUGAACGCGCUCUUCUGUAUAACGUCACGUGCGAUAGCGAAGGGCAGGAGAAGUGUCAACAGUUGUGCGUUGCUCUGGCCGAGAGCGCGAGAGACCAAGCGCCGCAAAUGAUUUGCGAAAAAUUGAACACGCACGUGGAGAAUCUGCACGUGGCAGUAUACGCGAAAGUGUGCGACGCGACCAGCUGGAAAUUCACUGGUUUGAAAGCUGCGGAUCCAAUUUGUUGCCACGAGGGGAAAAGUACAGCUUGCGAAGAACCACUCCCGGUGAUCGAAAGUUAAAUGAAUCCAUUGGAGAUUAUUUCGUAAUGCGUUGGUUAGUCCGUUGUGGAAUUUUAUUUAAUCAUUUGCGAAACAUUUAUUAUUUUAUCGCUAAUUAAUAAACCAGUUCGUUGUUGUAGGAUCAUACAUAAAUGUUUAAUUGUUAAUCGAAUUAUGGAAAUAAAUUCGAAAGCUAGAUAUAAAUUAAAUUGAUCGGCUGUACGUAGAAAUCAAAUAGAAAUUACAUCGCGCCAUGCUUGAAACCAUUUUUCACACGUUUUAAUCUACUAUUUCAUUUCUUUGAGAUCUUUGAUUUCAAUGGACGUCAAAUAUCAAAGAGUCUUCUAAGAACAAAAUCGUCUUAAAAGCAUUAAACGCUUCCUCCAACCCACACCUUUCUCGCUUGAAUCUUGAAGAUCUUUGGAACGAUUAUACUCGUACGCAAACCGUCUUUCGAGGUAGUGCCAGAAUACAAAGUACGUCUCGCCGAUUCCAGAUAUCUUCUAUUUCGUCAAUGGUGUUCCAGGAUCUUCGUCCCAGGCCAUUGAAUAGAUGGUUUGUUAUCGCUCCCUUGACUUCCUGCCGAUGAAUCCUUCGUCGUGACUCUCUAUAUCGACCUUGCCAUCCCAGAAAGCCAUUGUGUACCCGUGGUUUUGUCGUCCUUUCUUCUCCCGAUUUAAUGACUCCACCAUUUUCACACAGUCUCUUCUGUUUGUCGUUUGCGAAUUCACUCAAUUUCACAAUCGUUUAACUCAAUUUUUCCAAAUCUUUCUCACGAACACGUUUGUCUCGUUGUUUUACGCCAUGUUUAUUAAUCGUCAAGUCCAAACUCUAGCUAUUUAUUGUUAACCAAUUCUAGCUUACUUUGUUUGAGGUUGCGUGGUUUACACGGAGCCUGAGACGCAAUGGGAACUGUUCCGGGUGUUAUAUGUUUUGUGUCCCAUCACACACUGACUUGGACUACUCCCUGAGUCCUAAGGGAGAGAGGAUAUGUCGAGAACGAGAACAGACUACUUUGUGUUGCUAGUUUGCAUGGUAUCAACAUUGUAGAACAUAACACACGCGCUUUGACUAUUUGCAUUGAGAGAGAAAGAGAGAGAGAGAGAGAGAGAGAGAGAGAGCAAUUUACCAAAAGUUGUUCAACGUAAUGACAUGUUGUGUAUUGAACUACUGGCGCUUAGACACGUACAUUAUAAUGCAGGCAAUUAAUAUUAGCAGCAACUUGCAGUAAUUCCGUGUUUUAUUUGGAAAGGGAAAAACUUAUAAUUCCCGAUGAAGUUUGAUUAAUAUUGUGUACACUUGGUGAAUUGUAAAGCGGUUGCCAUUCCCUCUAUUACACGUUGGUCAUUCUCGAAA